UGAAUUUGAAUCUUAAACCAAAUGUUAAAAGGAGUUUGUUUGGACAUUUGUUAGCAUUGGGCCUUCAUAUCUAAUUUGUGGCCCACAUGUUUAAUUAACUUGAGAAAAAAGCGUCGAGAAAUGGGGAAUGCUUCUUCUUGCGGCAAAGAAGAGAGAUUGGAAGAGAUUUUUGGUUGGUUGGUGGCUCCGUUGGUUGGAUCUGUCAUCUCUCACCUUCAGCGAGCGAUUCAAAGGCAUUAUUUCAAGCCGGAAAAAAAGGAGCUGGAGAGGCUAGACUGUAGGAUCAUAGCAAACUUUGAUCUCAAAGAUCAGGUCUUCUGAGGAAGAAGAAGAUCUGAGGCAUUCAUAAUGAGCGCUUCCAAAUUCAUCAAGUGCGUAACUGUGGGUGAUGGUGCGGUUGGCAAGACCUGCCUCCUGAUUUCAUACACCAGCAACACUUUCCCCACGGAUUAUGUCCCAACUGUAUUCGACAAUUUCAGUGCAAAUGUGGUUGUCAACGGGAGUACUGUUAACCUCGGGUUGUGGGACACUGCUGGACAAGAGGAUUAUAACAGACUGAGACCUCUGAGUUACCGUGGAGCUGAUGUAUUCAUCUUGGCAUUUUCUCUCAUUAGUAAAGCCAGCUAUGAAAACGUUUCCAAAAAGUGGAUUCCUGAGUUGAAACAUUAUGCUCCUGGUGUGCCUAUAGUUCUUGUUGGUACUAAACUUGAUCUCCGGGAUGACAAACAGUUCUUUAUUGACCAUCCUGGUGCCGUGCCAAUCACCACUGCUCAGGGAGAGGAGCUUAGGAAAAUGAUCGGUGCACCUGCUUAUGUUGAGUGCAGUUCAAAAACACAAAUGAAUGUAAAAGCAGUAUUUGAUGCUGCCAUUAAAGUUGUGCUGGCACCGCCCAAGCAGAAGAAAAAGAAGGGCAAGGGUCAGAAGGCUUGCUCGAUAUUGUGAUUGGCUGAAGAUAUAUGACUUAAUACUAUUCUCUUUUCUACACCUCAUUUCAUCUUGCCGCCUAUUCCUUUGUUUCAGAGGGUGGGGGGUGGUCGCACAUUUUAGGGAAACAAGUUUGCACAGUGAUGCUGCUUUUACUUUCAAUGCGUUGUAUUGUCUUAAUCCUUUCUAUUUUCUGGUUUCCACUAUACUGCAUAGGAUGUUCAACUCAUCCAUUUGAUAUAUUGUAGAAUGUAAUAGUUGUAUUUAUUUAUAAUCUAUCCAAAACUUCUAUAGAUGUCUUUGCAAGUUGGAUUGCGACAGGGAUGAGAAAAGUGUUUAAGCAUUUAAAUGUAAUUGAAUCAACUCGUGGUGUAAAUGUGUAAUUAAUCGUCUACUAGUCUACCACUACGAAUUGAUUUCAUU